UCCUGUUCUCCUCUCAAACCUCAAUAAAACCACGCUUUCCCUCCUCUCCACUUCGGAUUCUGCUCUGCCUUCGCCUCGUCACUACCCACGCCACUGCAUAGACCGAGAAAAAGGACGAAUUUUUUCCUCGCCGCAACCUCACACCAUGGAAGAGGCGAUGCCGCCGCCGCCGCCGCCGCUCUCAUCUUCCUCCUCCGCCGCCGUGGCCUGAGCUCUCCCAUCGCUCGCUCUCUCCAUCGGGCCUACCUAUCCUAGCAGUGAAUAAGUCAUGGCAGCUUUCGCCGCGUUGUUCGACCCCCUCUACUGCCCGGAGGAGCACCUCGAUCUGUACCACGAAGGACCCGUCGAGGUUGUGGACGAGCAGUGGCAGGACCAGCGCGGACAGCAGCAACCGGCGGCUCUUGACGACGAGCUGCCGGCGCUGUUCGAGGCGCUCCGGGACAAGGAGGGGGUGGUGCUGGCGGGUGAUGGGGAGGAGGAUGGGUACGGCGGCUCGGCAGGCCGGGAGGCCGCAGUCGGCUGGGCGUCACGCGCCGCGGCACGGCUGGGCUUCUCUGCGCUCACUUCCGCGCUGUCCGCCGCCUACCUGGACCGCUGCUUCCUCCCCGGGGGCGCGCUCCGUCUCGGCGACCAGCCCUGGAUGUCGCGCCUCGCCGCCGUCGCCUGUGUCGCGCUCGCCGCCAAGGUCGAGGAAACGCGCGUGCCGCUGCUCCUCGACCUCCAGCUCUGCGCCGCCGCCAGCUCCGACGCUGACGCAGCGGACGCGGACGUGUUCGAGGCCAAGACGGUGCGCCGGAUGGAGCUGCUCGUUCUCUCCGCGCUAGGGUGGCGGAUGCACCCUGUCACGCCCUUCUCCUACCUCCAGCCUGUCCUCGCCGACGCUGCGAUGCGCCUACGCAACUGCGAGGCCGUCCUGCUCGCGGUCAUGGCCGAUUGGAGGUGGCCUCGGCACCGGCCCUCGGCGUGGGCCGCCGCCGCAUUGCUCACCACAGCCGGCGGCGGCGACGACGACUCGGAGCUGCUCGCGCUCAUCAAUGCCCCCGAGGACGAGACCGCGGAGUGCGCCAAGAUCAUCUCCGAGGUGACAGGCAUGAGCUUCCUUGUCUGCGACGUCGGCGGCAUGAUCGCCGGGAAUAAGCGUAAGCACGCGGCGGCGCGGAUGUACUCGCCGCCGCUGAGCCCGAGCGGCGUGAUCGGCGCGCUGUCCUGCUUCAGCUGCGAGAGCUCGUUGUCCGCCACAGCGGACUCGCGCACCCUCGCUACUACGGCUGCGGGGGUCGGCCCGUGGGCACCGUCAGCGCCCGUGUCCGUGUCGUCUUCCCCUGAGCCCCCAGGUCGGGCCCCCAAGCGCGCUGCGGCGGCGGGGGUCCCGCAUCCGCUUCCCCCCGACGAGGAGAGCCGCGACGCCUGGCCGUCCACCUGCGCCGCGUGACGCACCGUGCCGGAACGGUGCCUAUGGCGAGAUCCCCCGCUCAGGUAGUCAGGUGGCGGUGGGGAUAUAAAGGAGCAUCAGAAUCUCGCGCCGGUGACGAGAACGAACCAUUUUGCCCAUUGCCGCGAGAGAUGGGGGGCUA